AGUGCAUUUGCUGGGCUGCCCUUAGCCUGUAAUUUCAGCCCCCUUUGUGACUUGUUUACGGCCACUUUUGUAAGCUGACUUCCAUGUCUAAAUCGUAAGUGGCUUACCUACUCUGCCAAAGUACAUGCCACCGCCCAACGAGAUUCUGGUUGAUGGAACCCAGAUGGUCAUGUCUCCAAAUAUCUUCCCCCGGUAGUCUUAAAGCUUGUAACCUGUGGAGCUCGCCAACCAACUGGACCGUCGCAUCCGGUUUAGCUUGGGCUGAGAUUAGAUGGUUUCGUCGAGCAUGGUCUCUGGUGUAUCAUGUAUAAGUGAAGGCGCCCGCGGGCGCAAGCCAACAUGUCUCAGCAGAUGCGUCUGCUUGUAGUGUGUUAUCAGGUUCGGGCGGUGAACCUAAAGAAGCCAUGAUGUUGUUCGGAGCUCUAUUAUCUGUGCUUCUCACUUCUCUACAUUCCGUUCGCGCCCAGUACCCGGCUCCUGGUGCAUGCUCCGGCGACUGCUUCACCCAUGAUCCGGCUGUCGUCAAGCGCGCAGAUGGCAAAUACUUCCGCUUCUCGACCCUAGACCUGAUCGGUAUCUGGACGGCGGACAACUUAGCGGGGCCAUGGACACGGAGCGGAAGCGUGAUCCAGGGCGCCAGCAUCAUCAACAUCCCCGGGAACGACGUGCUAUGGGCCCCUGAUGUAGUCUAUAUGCGUGGCAUGUACUACUGCUUUUACUCAGUAUCAGUCUCCUCGAGCCAAACUUCGGCUAUUGGUUACGCAGUUUCUACUACAAUGGAAUCGGGGUCCUGGAGCGACCAAGGAGCCGUGGUCACUUCGACCUCAAGCAGCCCUUAUAAUGCCAUUGACUCUAAUGUCGUCAACGGCACGGCUGAGGACGAGUUUUACAUCCAAUGGGGCUCUUACUGGAACAACAUCUACCAGGCGCGGGUAGCAAUCGACGGCGAAUAUGUCUUCAGGUCGGGCAAUGAGCACCAAAUCGCGUACGAGCCAUCUGGAAACCACCAAGAGGAAGGGGCCUUUAUCUGGAAACGCGACACCACUUGGUACUUGUUUUUGAGUAAAGGCAUAUGUUGUACAUACGACCCCGCCACCGACCCGAUCGACCAAGUAUACCAUAUCGCAGUCUGUAAGAGCGAUAGCCCUGCUGGCCCGUUCGUGGACAAAGAUGGUGUUGCAUGCACCGAUGGUGGAGGCACUACUGUGCUCGCGAGCCAAGGAAAUACCUACGCUCCGGGUGGUCAAGGAGUCUUCACCGAUGAUGCGUAUGGCGAUGUUCUAUAUUACCACUAUCUGGAUUUGACAGUAGGGGUGGAUUAUAACGAUUCCAAGUUCGGAUGGAAUGUUAUAACCUGGGUUGAUGGAUGGCCCACGGUAUCCUAAGAUAUUAGAAGUCAUCCGGGACAGUACAUUGGAUAGUAUUGCGUAAAUUAAUAACUACCCCCUUCUAGAAGGCCAUACGAUACUUUAACUAUUUCUAGAGAUAUUUUAAUCUACGAACACGAUGACGUCGUCGCACACUACGAUAUUAAUUAGGCCGUGCCGUCCUAGAUUAAUAAGAGGCUGGAGAGGUCAAUUCAAAAGAUCGUAGCUAUCAUCUCAUAACUACCUAGUCAGCAUACGUGGCCUAUGCAUAAUAAGCAUAAAGCUUUGAACCUCCUUUAAAUGAAGCUGUAAAUCGCGUAGCAUAUUCCAAUGAUCGGCAACACUAGCACACCCUUGCGUUAAUUACCGGCGUCGAACAUACCUACUGCGAGGCAGCAUGCUUGAACACAGUAGAAACUGAAUGUUCAAGUCGUAACGACAUAGCUGAUUUAUGUAUUCGAUGAGCGCUUUUCGCAAUCCCAUAUUUCCCCGGAAAAGGAGGCUGGCUAACAGCUAGAUCUCGAUUCCUAUAUUAAACCAACGCUGAACCCGUCCUGUUCGUAUUGUAUAAUAGACGUACCUUUUGAUAUUCGGCAAGCCCGAAUGAAUGACGAGGUUACGAUGCUGCCAGGGUGUAACCAAACUCAUCGGCGGCUCUAGGUGGAGCUAAUGAAAAUCAUUCUUUGGGGUCUUCGAGACACUGACCAGAAA